UAUGGGCUGGGACAGCAAGGAAGUGACCUACGAGAAGGAAGGUCUGGAGACGCAGAAGGCACUUUCAAUGGCGAUGCCACAUCCCUCCAGCAAAGCCCAUCCAUCACAGGGCAUCCAUCUUUAGAGCGCAUCCCUCUGCAACUACACCCCCUCUCCGCCCUGGAUCAGGCAGCAGGGUCGCCCCCUCGAGGAAUCUCCAGGCAGCUAACGCUGGAGGCACCAGCGAGGCUAGAGAGGAAGGAGUUGACUAAACUGUGCUGGAUGGAAGGCGUCGAGGACCGGAGGAAUUAAUCCGAUGUGAGGAAGGCGGACUGGGCUACGAGGAAAAAAGAGGGGGGCAAUGUGCACUCAGCCUUUUCAUCAGUCGGCGGGGAGAUGGAUAGUUUUCCGGACCAGGCGUCCCAGAGCCCCGACUAGCUAUAGGGAGACGUCAGAGAGCUCAGGUCCAUGGUGGAAGAACCCCCCAGCCCCCCCGCCCGGGCUUCCAUAUAAAGUCGGGGCCCUGGUGGAGGCCGCAGCAGUAGCACCAGCGGCUUCGGCAGCGGAGCGCCUCUGAGGUCUGGGUCACCUGUCGCUGCUCCGCCGGGAGGGCGCACUUCCCAGCCUCGCCCAGCCUCUCCGCCACGCUCCAAGGGCUUCCCGCCGGGACCAUGCGCGGCCGUGUGCUCCCGCUGGUCCUGCUGGUGCUGGUCCUCUGCCAGGCGCCCCAGGGGCCCGCGGUCCCGAUGCCUGCUGGCGGAGGGACAGUGCUGACCAAGAUGUACCCGCGCGGCAACCACUGGGCGGUGGGGCACUUAAUGGGGAAAAAGAGCACAGGAGAGUCUUCUAUUUCUGAAAGAGGGAGCCUCAAGCAGCAGCUGAGAAAGUACAUCAGGUGGGAAGAAGCUGCAAGGAAUUUGCUGGGUCUCAUAGAAGCCAAGGAGAAUAGAAGCCACCAGCCACCUCAACCUGAGGCUCUGGGCCAUCACCAGCCUUCGUGGGAUUCAGAGGAUAGCAGCAUCUUCAAAGAUCCAGGCCCUACCAGAACAUGUUGAUAGCAAGUCUGCAAACUAUUUGAGUAAAUCCCUGUGGAUCUACAGACUCUACAUUUAUUUCUGGUGAACAUUAGUGGACAUUCCUAUUUUUAGAAGAGAGGAUUCUUGUUUUCUACCUUUGACACAAAGUAGCACUUCUUCAUAUUUGUUACAGAAGUACCAAGUUCAGGUUUCAUCCUAAUAUUUUAAGACUCGGUGAACAUAUCUGAGGUCAACAAAUUCAUCCUGUAUAUGCUUUUAUAGAAGAUCGGGAAAAAUAAUUAUAGUAAAGCAGCAAUGCUUAGUUACAAAGACAGUGAACGAGAUACGAGAGAGAAUAAAAUGUAAGGAAAGAAAGAAAGGCGACUGACCAUGAGCUGAUUAUCACUAACUUUUAAGUCUCCAUGAAAUGUACAAUAAACUACAAAAUAAUGACAAAACAAUAAUGGCUAGUUUUGUUGAAUAUUUACUAUACUCCAGGUAUUGGGCUAAGCAGUUCACCUCCAUUUUCUUGGUUUAUGCUCACAGCAAUCUUAGAAGGAAGACUCUAUUAUUAUCUCUAUUUUAGAAGGAAGGAAACUAGCCCCAUCGCUUUUCAUUGAUAAAAUCAGGCUAAGAUCCUGUGCUCAAUCUGCCUCAGACAGUCUGUGCCAUGCAAGACAUCUUCCAGAAAUGGUCCUCACUGGUCUUAAUAUAAAGGAUGCAGGCUGAAGGCCUUGCUUCUUGCUGCUUCACACAAUAAAUAAUGUUGCUUUCCACUCACAGUGCUUGAAGGGCUUCCUUCUUCACUCUUUCAUGGUGAAGACUGACGGCCCCUUUAGAGGCUCUGAGCUGCCUCAGCUGGCUUUCUGGAGGGAGGAUUUCUAUUUCACUGCCUUUUGGGCCUAUUGUGGUCUUUGUUUCUCUUUCUUUUCUUUCUGGCAAGGUCUGGCUAUGUGCUUGUCUGUUUGUCCAUCUUUCUCUCUCUCUUUCUUUCUCUUUCCUUUUUUUUUUUUUGACAAAGACUGGCUAUAUUGCCCAGGCUGGUCUCAAACUCCUGGGCUCAAGUGAUUUCCCCCAGCCUCAGCCUCCCAAAUGUGGAUUUCUAUGCUAAAAGGAAUCUAAAGUCCAUCCAUUGCCCUAAGCACCUAGAGGGAAUGUCUUUGUAGCUUUUAUUCGGGGAAAAAAAAAUCCAGGAUUAAAUAAACCAAUACAGAAAUAAAUACCAACUUUGGACAAAACCCCAGGUGAUUGUCUGGUCCAUACCUGUGUCACAAGUGUCAUGCCUUCAGCCUCCUUCUUUCUAGAUGGAUCCCAUACUCCGAGGGCUCUGUGAACUUGUGGGUGACUUCUCAGAUUGUAGCUGGCCAUGCCUUUUUGACGGUCAAGUGCUUUGCUGGAGUUCCUGUAGGUAGAUAUCCAACAGCAGAACCCUUCUCAUUUGUCUAAAGAGUAACAAAAAUUGCCACCACAAAACCCUCAAAAAUAAUUUUUACAGACCUUGAAAAUGACUUGCCUUCAUAGCUCCUCCGUUAAAUACUCCCCUCUACUAACACACAAUCAUGUUGCUAUUCUAAAGUGUCUCAUUUUUGAAACAAACAGCAGUGUCCAGUUUGAGUUAUUUUAUUGCCUCAACUUGGCUCUGCAUAGCUUUGAAAUCUUUUGGAAAAUUCAACUCCUUCCUUAAGGAUCCAAAAUUUUCCACCAUAUUCCAAAGACUAUUCUGUAAGCUUCAAAGGCAAUUGCAAAAAAAAACUGCUCCACAAAGGGCUCUGAGUAGCAGUAUAGCAGGAUGGGUUGAGUGGGAGGCCAUGAAGAGUGGCUGCCUAAAGGGAGCAGUGCUUAUCCCAAGUGAACUGAAAAAGGUCAUCAGAAAGAUCAUAAAACAUAACCAGGCUUCGCUUUUCUAUUCUUUUUAUGCAUUGUUUCUCUUUCUACAGGUUUACAAAGCCCGUCUCGUUUCAUUCCACCUCCAGUUGAAUAAUUAGUUAUUGCACACAUUAGUACUAUCCUUCUGGCUAUAUUUCCUAGUAACAUGAAAACAGAUUCCACAGUUAGUCUUUGCAGAGACCAAAAUAUUUUGUGGCUUCUCUUGCACUGGAAAUUCCACCUCGAUGAAAAUAUGUUGUUAUGAAAAUUGAAAACACCUUACAAUGAUCUUAUUCGAAAGGAAGGGGUGCCAAGAGAAUAGUUCUAUUAGACACCCAUAUAUCUCCCACUCUUAGAGUUAUGGGAGUGUUAGAGAGAAGCUUAAUAACUUGGCCAAUCAUUGCCAGAAUUAGCAUCAGGAAUUUUCAGAGGCUGAAGGACUGUUCUUAAAAUUAAAAACUAUCUACAGACACCCUCCUCUCCCAUCUUAGUAAUAAACAUUAAGCCCUGUUGCCAACUCUCUUGGAGCUGUAGUUAGAAACUCCGAGCAUUUCAUAUGUUUUGAUGGCAAAGAUAUUUACUUAAUUCGUAAAUGAUGUGUGUAAUGUGCACUGAAACUGGAUUACUCCAUCAUGGAAACAGCUCCAGAACUUUCAGAGCAAUUAUGCCCAGCGAUGUUAAAGGUUAACCUCAAUCCUUUUAACUGUGCCCUUCUCACAAAUCUUUUAAUUCUAUUCUGCAAUUAAGGGACCCUUUUCCCUAUGGGUUCUGCAAAAGGAAUCGCUGCUCAGGUCGGCUCCACGGCCUCGUCCAUGAUCCUGGAGGUGGUUAUGUGUUGUCCUGAGUUUCAGUGGAGCUGGCCUUUGAUCUCCCUUUCUAAUUGGACUCAGUCCUUUAUUCUUUGCAGCUUAGGUCUCUCCUUUUAUUUAGUGGACAGGGAAGUGAGCUACAAAGGCUGUUACAGAAAGAAAGUAAAUGUUUCUCAUCCUCACUUUCAAGGGACUGCUCUCACUUUCUCAUCAAAUCAGUACAGAGAAUAGGAAGGUCUUGUUUCUGAAUAUCUGAAAUGCUCCAAAUGAAGUGCCAAAUAUAGAAAAACCAACAUACAAUCAAGAAUCACUCAUAACCUUCUGAUGACCUUGGCUCUUUCUAUGAAGGAGCAGAGUAAAGCUGGCUCCCACCUAGAAUACAGCUCCUCCCCAACCCCAGCAAUGGACCCUGCCAUUGCCUCCCAGGUCCUUGAUCUUCCUAGGUUCCACAACACUCUUUUUCCUUUUAGCUUCCGUUCCCUUCAGCCAAACCUCUCUUAUUCAAUAGUCUGAGCCAAUGGGGGAACUUAUGUAGACUUUUUUCCCCCCACACAUUAGCUGGCCCCUUUUAUGACUUGUGACUCAUAAGGCAAGAUGUGUGGUGGCUUCUUUGGACAGGCAGCAGCCUUUAAUAGGGCAGCCUGGGUUGGUGCUAAUUGGCAUGCGUGGGAAUCAAACCCCAGGCCCUGGGCUCAUUAGCACAUAGUCAAAACAACUGAGCCACAGAGCAGGUAAUAAUUUGCCAAAGAAUAGCAGUAGUUCCUUUAUUAGAAACAAAUGGCUGAUAUGGAAGUUGGGGAAUCUGAAUUGCUGGAGAAUCUUGGGAAGAGUAAUAAGCUCUAGUCUCAACAGAAAGUGUUUUCUCGUCUCAGCAUGUAAAGGGUGCUAUACGGAAACAAAAAAGGGUUUUAAAAUUAUAACUACUCAUUCUUUAUUUAGUCUUAGUUAAUUUGAGCAGAAGCCACAACAAGCAAACCACAAUAAAUUUAGAAUUGGCAGAAAUCCAAAUUAAAUCCUCUUCCCAAGUUUCCCACACUGCUACCAUUUACAGUUGUAGGUUUGUUAUGUGUAAUUACGUAAUUCAGAAACCAGCUUUGAUUUGUGUCAUGGUGCACUGUCAAAGUGAGCAGAGUAAGAAUUCAAAUUCCACAUUCCCAGAAUCUACCACCCAGCUGCUACUCUGGUUAUAAGUUCCUGGAGAUAAUACAUUAACCAACAUUGGUUAAAGCAUACCUGAGGAAUCAUAUCAGGGUGCACGUUAAGCUGAUAAAACAAAAAGACCCUAAAAUGCAGAAGCUCAAAAAACAAGUAGAAGUUAGUCUCUUGGCGGGAGACAGCUCUGGUUCUCAAAUUUUACAAGCUCAGAAUCACCUGCAGGGUGUGUGAAAGCACAGAUUGCUGGGCUCCGCCCUCAGAGUUUCUGAUUUAGCAGGUGUUAGGUUGAACCAAGAAUCUGCCUUUCUAACAAGCUCACGAGUAAUGUUCAUGGCUUGUAGGAAUGGAUUUAUUUCUAGGAUUAGACUUCAGCUCACUCUGUUUGCUGAACUCUUUCUAGUAUUUCUUAAGCUGGUAGACUCU